CUUCAAUUUACUUGACAGAUAAUGUGCCAUGGACCUGACGCGGUCCUUGUUCCAAUCACCCGCAAGUGCCACUGCAACUGCAACCGCAGGGGAUAACUCUGUGUUAUAUCAUCCCUAUCAUGAUGACCGAUUAUGGCCCAGUACAACCACCAAUCACUUCCUGUCCUUGCUCUUCUUUCAAGAAUCCAAUUCUGUUUCGACAUCCGACCUCAUCGACCCCGAGCAACUCAAGCAUGUCCAGUCCUUGAAACGGACAUUUGAGACAUGUUUAGCAUCAAUAGUUCGGGAACGAGACCGACAACAUGGUCAUCAGCUGGUCAUUCUUUGUCCGGUCCAACAGUCGCUCAUGGGCACUAAUGCGCUUUUGAAAUUGGAAUGGGAAUGGGGUGGCAUGGAUGAGGAAUUCAUCAUGAGCCAUAUUGUCCGUAUCCCUGACAGAGAUCAUCCAGUGACUAAAAGCCUAUCUGUUACAACUCUGAACGGACGCACCUUGAUUGUCACAGAUACGACUGUGACGACGGCCAAGGGAUUUAAGCUCUUGAAGCAAGCGCGUCUUGUCUCGGAACAGAUAUUUUAUGAUGAUGAGGGAAGAGGCUGGCUUAUUCAAUUCAUUGACCGCCCUCUCGUAGGAAUCCCGCAAAAUAACGAUCAGAUAUUAUUAGGUCAUCCUACAACAAGUACUGCAACCACUUUAAUCCCAGAAGACAAAGGAAAUGACAUCACUUAUCGCAAUGAAAGCAACACUGACAGAUUGACAGGAUCAUCGGGGUUAUUUAGUCCUCCAUUGCGCGCAGAGACCCAUUCCCCAAUAGCAGCUACUACCACCAGUCGCCGCAACCGGUAUCGCUUGGGCCAGUACUCAAUAUAUAAUGCAACAGAUCCUUACAGUUAUGUCCACAGACGAUCCAAAGGACGACCUUUCUUGACCCUUCAUAUUGUGCUGCAACGUUUCCCUGGCGUAUCACAGAAACUGGAAAAAUUGAUUAUGGAUUUCAAUGACGCGAUGAUGGCGAAAAACAACUUGGAUGAUAUACGGACUGCUGUGGAUCGUCUUUUAGCCAAUAGUGUGGAGCUCAUGAAUAAACUGGACUCGAAAAUACUUAUGAGACUGUUAGACGAAUACAAAGUGACAGUAGAUGUAUUGGAUCAGCUUUUAGAGAAUCACAUCAUGAAUUCAACCUAUGAUAUUGUAUUCUUCAAAAUCACCCUUCAAUUUAAGCAACAAGACUGGGAUUUAUCAGAGGCUAUAAGGGAUCUCCGGAAUUUAGAUCUUGUUCAGAUUGGACUAUCGGAUACUCCACAACACUAUCAAUGUCUUGUCUCUGCAUUGAAUGAAUUCCAGUCCAUUGGAAUACUGCGGACACCCGAAGAGAAACUAAAUUACUUGAUAAGGUCUGUUCGAGUGGCUAGCACAUUAUCUGGAGGGGCAGAUGACCUUAUUCCCAUCUUGCUUCUUACAGUUCUUCGCUCAGAUAUCAGCAAUUUGGCAUCAAAUCUUUAUUAUAUGAAGAACUUCGUCCUAUUUGGAGACCCAUCAAGCGGUGAAUAUGGAUACUCUCUUUCUACGCUGGAAGCUGUCUCACGAUACAUUAUUACCCAUAUCAAACAAUUAUUGCCAUUCUCAGCCAAAAAUCAGGAGUAUUGGGACAUGGUCCGUUCAGGUGAUAUGAAAGGAAUCAAAAAUAUUUUUUCUGAAGCUUCAGAAUGUAAUCAAACUAAGCAAAAACAACAACCAUUAUCGGCGUCACCUUUACUUCGAAGAACGUCAGUGGCAAGUUUUGGAACUGAUAGUGAUCAUUCUAUGCCUGAGUCAGUUAUCCAGGAGCCACCAUCUAUCUCCGCUAUAAAGAGUCGAGAUUUUGUUGGUAAUAAUGGUGUAUUGAUAGCCUGUCAAGCACAGCAGAUGGAAGUACUACGAUACCUUGUGGAGGAGCAAGGUCAGUCGGUGGACGUGUGGAAUUAUGAAGGCAAAACUCCACUCAUGCUCUGUGCCAACUUGAAGAAUAAGGAUAUGAUUCAAUUUAUUCUUCAUCAGGCUCAGGGUAUUAAGGAAGCAGAUCUAAAGGCUAUUAUUAAUAGACAGGAUGUACUUGGAAAUACUGCGGUCCAUGUGUGUGUGGCGGCCAAAAAGGAUAAUAGAGAAAAUCUGGUAGUUCUAGAAGAACUCUUGAAAUCUGAACCUGACCUUGGUCUUCCCAAUAACGAGGGCGAUACUCCACUCAUCAUCUCUGCAAAAAAGCAGCAGGACGACUAUAGUAAAGACCGUGAUCGUGAUCAUGGCGGAAACCAAAUCAUAUCGGCUCUUACCAAAAAGAUGGCACCCAGAGAUUUGGACCGACAGAAUAAUAGUGGUGAUACAGCGCUUCAUUUCAUAAAUGAUCCGAAGCUGAUCCAGGAUUUGAUCUCAUGUGGAGCAAAUCCAGAUAUUGAAAACUAUGCAGGAUGGACGCCUCUCCUGAAAUGGACUCUUCAUGAUAACACCGCUGCCGUUGAAAGCUUAUUGGCGACUGGUGAUUGUGUGGACCCAUUGAUAACAGACUCAAGAGGUUAUACGCCACUACAUAUGGCGUGUCUUCGAGGUAAUUUAGAGAUGGUCAAACUACUAGAAGAACGGACGUCAAUGGUCGAUAUUCAGUCUGCAGUGGAUGGCAGUACCCCUCUUCAAUUAGCAUGUCAAUCAAAUUCAGCUGUCGUGGUCGAAUUUUUAUUGCAGAGGGGCGCUAAUCCGGAAUUGAGAGACUGGGCAAACGAGUCGCCGGCAGAUAUGACGAAUGACCCUAUAAUUCUUGAUAUGCUCGACAAUGCAAUGCUUUUCUGGGAUAGUGAUGAUCAUUGUUAUGUUCAUAACAGGAGUUCAGAAAAGUCUUCUCUAUCAUUGUCGUUGUCCAAGGUCCAAGGAAAGAAGCCAACUCCAUCAAGCAAUUUACCUAAGAAAGCUAUCCGAGUUGUCAGAGGAACUAUGGAGCGGGAUGGUAAAGUCCGAUAUAUCGUCAAGAGUGGAGCGUCCUCAGGCCCGUCAACCAUUGUAACAAUGUUGCGAUCAUUAGAGGAUUUUCAGUUCUUGCGGCAAAACCUAUUAAUUGAAGGGCCUGAUGCUUGUAUACCCUCGCUCAAAGAUUUUUAUUCGCCCUUUUUGCUCUCUCCAAGCCGACCUUCUAAAACUGUUCUUGCGAUAUCUGCCAGAAGGUUGGACAUGUUCUUGAACUAUCUGUCAAGCCAUCCAGUCCUAGCUAACCACGAACUAGUUUGGGAGUUCAUAUUAAUACCGGAGUUGCAGCGUGAUUUAAUAUUAGAGCGAUCAAUGAUUAAGCAGGAGAAUGCAAUCGACAGUAUCUUUGACAAUUUCCCAUCCACUAUCGAGAACCUGGAGCAUGAAGAGAUGUAUUUCCAUCAUUUGAACGAAGAGGUCUUGAGACUGGAGGCAGCAGUACAGCAAGUUAGAAAGUGUGCUAGGAAAUUGAGUCGAAGCACACAAGAUGUACCUCAGCAGCUCGAUAUUUUGGCAGGAGCCUUGGAUCGGUCAUACUUGAUUGACUUUGAUAAUAAGAGCGAAUAUGUUAAUGCAACAAAAGCGAUUGCCUCAACGCAAACUACUAUGCGUGCUUCUGACAUUGAGUCAUUUGGAAACUUGUUUGAAGACUUUUCAUUUGUGAUUGAUGGGACAUUGAAGGCGCUGAAACACCCACAGGAAAUCAUCGCGUCUAUACGGCAACUGAGAGUGGUAGCGCAGAAAACAGAACAAUCAAUGCGUCGGAAUGAUAUGUGGCGGUCGGGAUUAUUUACUAUUGGAGGAGGGGCCAAGUAUGCAGUCAAUGGUGCAGGUGCAGCGCUUGGUGCAGUUGGACAUGUGGCCACUUCAGCCUUCGGAGCUGUCUCUGAGUCUUUCGCCUCAGGAUCCGGAAGAAGGCAGCACAUAAGGGCUGCAUCCGAAAGCGCCGUGGGCAGGUCAUCUAAGAUUAGAUCUGCCCCUUCGUCACCAUCUUCUUCAACACCGCAAGUUAUAUCACCUUCGACACCACCAUUGUUACCAUAUAACAAACGCUCAUCUUUAGUUAUGAAACUGACGCCUAGCAUGUCUCAAACCAGCUUGACUAGCGCCGCUAGUAGUAACAGCAUCAUCUCCAGUCCAUUUCGAUCACGUAGAGGCGGCCAGAGUCCAGUCACGAAAAACAUGAUGACUAGUACAUCUCUCCACACGCCGCCAUUCUCGUCCAUUACUACAGUAACCUCUUCAAAGUCAACAGCCCAGGCUUCGUCCUUGGAAGAGAUCGAAGGCAAAAUUGGAGAAGCGUCCAGCCUAUUGAACAGUUUGCGGGGAUCGCUCUUUGAAGAGCUAGCGCAUUUACAGAACCACCAUACCAAGGAGCUGGAAAAAGCUAUGAGAGACUUUGGGGCACGCCAACUUCAGAUUGAGAGGAGCCGUUUACACGAUAUGAUCGGGAUAUUAAAUGACCUUCGGAUUGAGUCCAAUACCACUGCUUUCUCUACUAGGAUAGCAGCUGUUGCUGUGACAGACGGCAUCCAAGUUACAGGCUCGAACUCGAGUGUUGCGGGUGGGUCACGAUCGCUCAUGGAACCGAAUUUGGAUUUGACAUUAGGAAGAAUUAGUCGGAAUAUCAGUCGUCAGUCUUCGAUCCAUGCAAAGACACCAAGAGUCGGCUCUGGAGCCUCAUUGAUAGGUGAUGGGGUAGGGUCCCUGUUUGAGUUUGGGGACGAUGAGAAAGUGGAGGUACGGAAGUAUCAGCGCCAGCAGCAUGAACAUCAGCGUAAGAAUAGUGCCAAUCGCGAAUCGGGCCACGGCCGUAACAUGGUGUCCGAAGAUGGCCAAAACAACGGAAGCACUAGUAGGAAGGAUAUAAACUCUGAUCAAGAGGACGUGCUGAGCGAGAAAAUACCAUUUGACGACUAAACAUUGUAUUAGCAAUAUCAGCAGAAAAAAAAUAAAAAGUCAGCUCUGUAUACUUAUUCUACUCUAUUUUCAUCAAUCACAUCGCGCCUUG